GUGUGAAUCUGUAAAACAUUUACAAUUAUAACCGGCAUCGCAAAUUACGAAGUCAUUUACACAGCCUAAAUGCCCAAUGUACCUAUUGGCUAUUAAUAGGAUCAUAAAAGAUAUUAAAAAAUAAAAAAAUAAAAAUAUAUAGACAUUCUAAAUUCUAAUAAUAUUUUCGUGUGUCUUGUGUGACUACUGACUACCUACUGUUCAACUGUUGUCAAUGAGCUAACCGUCUAUAGCAGCCUAACCUGUAUGCCGUACAGAAGUCGGUAAACAGUAAAGCGACUGAAUUACUGAAGUGUGAUUUGUAGAAAAAAUGCUUGUUUGUAUGUAAUGUGCACUUUAAAUAUUCAAUAUUUCAAUUACGAUCGAUUAAAUUAUCAUUGAUAACGGCGGAAUUGGCCGGUAAGACAGUACCAGGACGACUUCAAAAUGAACCCAAACGUAAACGAAGAAGAUACCAAAUAUUGUUUCAACUGCCGAAGAAAUAUUCCACUUGUUAACCAUGUAAUGCACACUGCAUACUGUCACCGUAACCUGAAGCUUUGCAUGAAAUGUGAUGAACCGUUCUUAACUUCAGAGUAUGAAGAGCAUCAAAAAACUAUGCACUCGAUUAUUUUAUGCAAUGCUUGUUCUGAAAAACUUGAAGCAAUGGAUUUAGAAUCACAUAAAUUAAAUGAUUGUUGUCACCGUAUGCAAACAUGUAAAUAUUGUGAGAUUGAUAUGGAAGCUUUCUCGUUACCUGCACAUAUAGAUAUGUGUAGUAGUCGUACAGAACGGUGUAAAAGUUGUGGACAAUUUAUAAUGCUGAAAUAUUUGGCUGUACAUCAGGAGUCCCACGAACGCAAAGAAUUACUUAAUAUUGCCAAACCAGUACUAGAUGACAGUCCAGGCAGUUUGGCUGCAUAUCCACCAUUAAUAAAAAAAGUGCCAAACAUUGCAGUAACUGCAAGACCAACAACAAGAACUACUAGCAUGCCCACAUUGAGACUACAUGAGCCAGCCAUGACUAAUCAUAGGGUUACGCCACCAGUCAAACGCAACAAUGAUCAACCUCAAAUUAAUACUCACAGCAAUAAUGAUAAUACACACAAAGAUCCAAAAAAAAAUAUGCCAAUAGUAGACACACCAAGUGAUCUAGAUGAUGACGAUGAUGAAUUUCCUAUACUUGGUGCUUAUUCAAUUCCUAAUAACCAUUCUGCAAAUAUCAAUAAUCAUUUAACAAAUGAAUACAACAAUUUUUCCGAUGCAUUUAAUAGUGUUAAACUACCAUGCGAGUUUUGUCUGGAAAUGAUUGACUCAGAAAAUCUUGUUUUGCAUGAAACUGGAUGUCGUCCUGAUUUGGCAACAUUUCAUAAUGUUUUGCAUACAAAUAAUAAAAAUACCAACGACGAGAAUGAUAUGUUUCCAACUCCACCUAAUGACUUGGAUACCUCCAGCAGCAGUGGCGACAGUGAGCUGAAUUUGAAUACAUUGAGUUUAAGUUCAGAAGAUGAAGAUGAUAGUGAAAAAAUCAAUGUUGAAAAAUUACCUUGUGAAUUUUGUGAAAAAUUAAUCUCUAUUAAGAAGUUUUUAAACCAUCAAUGGAGAUGUGAAAAAUUACAUUUGGAUUUACCUGUGAUAAAUAAUUUUGAUAAAGAUGUAUAUCCACAGCAACUUAUUAAUAUGAAUACAAAGUUCCCAAAAUCAGUAAACUUACUUGAAACUCAGCGUAAUUUAUUGAAACCAACAUCUGGUAAUGAUGCUCCAGAUAAUCUAUCUCAUAGAACAUUGACAUUGAGAAACUGUGAUGCUAAUGCUCAAUCUUCGGCAUCUUCAAUAUAUGACCCACAAAUGAGACAGAUGCUACCACGGGUUAAACUGAAUAGACAAAAUCCAAGUAGAUCAAACAUACCUAUGGAUAAUCGUUAUGCGAACAACUCUGCUCGGAACAAUUAUGUGCAGUUUAUAUCCAAUUCAAGAUUAAAUCAUUCAGAGCAGACUUCUGCAAUUCAUAAUUCCCCUGUAUACCUAAAUCCAUCUGGUGGUGCUAUACCAAAACAAAAAAAUACGAAGUCAUAUAAUAACAGAAGAGUUAUAAAUGACUUAUCUAAACGUAGAGAGUCUGAUUCAUCAAGUGACUGAAUGGUACUCAGAUUCCUUUAUUUUAAUUGCUGUUUAUAUUUUUAAGAAGACUAUAACUAGUGAAAUUUAUAUAAUCUUAAGUAUUAAAAGUUUUUUCUUAACUUGUUUUUAACAUAUCCUAAUAAUUUGCUUUUUAUAAAAAUAAAGGAAAUAAAUUAAAUAAUAAGGAAAAAUGAAAUGAUUUGCAUUUAUUAUAUUUAAAAUUAAAAUAUUAACUUUUCAUAUCAAUGAGUUAAUUUUUUUUCUAUUUGCUAUGUUAUAAAAUAUCAUAUUUGUAAUUUGUAUUAUUAUUUAUUAUAUGUAUGACAAAUGUGAUAACUUUUAAAUAAUAAAUUGGACAAAAUUACAAAAUUAUAUACUAGGAUGUUUCUACAAGGAUUGACCACAGUGCCACUAGGAAAAGAUACAGACAAUUUUUUAUAAUUUUAUUCCACAGUAACUUAACAAUUUGUAUGAUUAAAUACAUAAUUGAAACAUAGUGCAAUUGUAUCAUUUCGUUUUUUUAUACUUUAAAUUAAUACUAUAAAUUUGAUAAAUAUAAUAAGAAUCCUAUAGCUAAUACUUCGAAAUACAAAAUAUCGUUCUUGGUGCCAACGACCUUUGUAAAAUUGAGGUUCAUGAUAUAAAUAAAUUGAGUUGUAAAUGUUUGAUAUAAAUAAUAAACAUAUUAUACUUAAAUAUUACUAA